UUUUCAAAUUUUAAAGUUAGCAAUUGAAGAUGAUGUGACACCAACAGAAGAUGCUAAGUUAACCUUAAGUUGCCUUAUACAAUCAACUAAUUCAAUUGAGGUUAAAUGGUACAAAGACUUUACCUUGAUAGACACGGAAACUAGUUUUCUUCGUAAAAUGUCAACAACCCUGGUUCGUUCCAAUUUACCUGGACGAUAUGUUGCCUCGUUGACAAUGGACAAACUUUAUCCACUGGAUUCAGGCAUUUUCACUUGUGAAGCCUUUGAUUGGCAUUCACGAGUCAACAGUAGCUACGAGUUGAAAGUGUUUACCAAGCCACAAGUUAAAGUGUAUCCAUUGAGUGCAACCGUAUACUCGGCUCAACCCUACACAGUGUCUUGUUUCUCGCUCGACUAUGAUCCACUGAUAGGCUACAAUUGGCUUAAAAAUGGUGAAAUAUUGAAUCCUCUCUAUGAUGAUGAGUUGAUUGAAGAUCUGUAUCCAGCCGGGAUCAGACUAAUUGUGCCUAAAGCUUUGACCAGAGCGGUUUACACUUGCCUGGUUACAACUCCACUGGGAACUGUUGGUAAAGAGUCAAUGCUAACAGUGAUACCAAGCAACAUAUCUUCUGAGUUUAUCCAAACUUGUCCCAAGGAAACACAUGAAGAUAUUGAUUGGCCUGAAACUGCCAUUGAUGGGAUUGCAGUUGAACCUUGUCCACCAGGUUAUAAAGUUAAUGAGCCUUACACUCGGCUAUCAUUUGGUUUCCCAUUCUUCAUUAAUGAAUCAACUGAAAGAUUCGCUGAAUGGUCUUCGAUUGAGACCCUCUCAAGGUCACUUCAUCAUUCACCUUUUGGAAUCCCUUAUGGCAGUGCUCAAGUUAACAAUGGAUUCAAUGGAAACUCAUGA